AUGCCCCACGGCCACGUCACCAACUAUCCGCUUUCUAUGAGCAACAAGGCGUACCGCAUGCCCAGUUUUUCCCCCAAGGGCGCUCUGUGGACAUCAAGAGGCAUUUUUGCCAUUGGCGGCUGCACUGCUCCCAGCAGGUUUCCAACGCCCGUGUGCAUCUUGGCACGUCAUCCCUCUGUCUCAGAGGUCAGAGAUGCGCCUUGUAGGCUCUUCCAAGAGGCUUGGACCGAGAAUCACAUGGGCCACGGCCGACAGCCAGGAAAGCCCAUUGGGGGGAGAGGGAGAAUGGGGACAAGAGUCACGGCCCUAGAAGGCAGACAGACCUUUCUCCAGGAACGACUAAGAUCGGCGAUUCACGCCGAUGGCGAUCAAAUCAGAGGCCUCGAGGGCAUACCGUCGCAACGACGCCAGAGAACCAAGGGGGCGCAGCACCUGAGAGUGGAGACGGUCAUCUCCGAGCACAGGGAUCCGGAGGAGGGGGCUCCGGGCUGGCAGCGCACUGCCGGAACGGCAAAGCCCAAGAGGCGCGUCCGUGGGGUGGGUUGGAAAGGAGGGAUGGUUGAGCGACGCACCGGCCGGGUUAUAUAG